GCCGCCACCCCGCCCAGUUCCCUGGCCCCGGGUCCGGCCGCGUCUGUCCCACUCGCCUGCCCACGGCCGCCGCCACCGCCGCCAAAAUGUCUGCAGGGGGCUCUGCCGUGUCCGGUGCUGCCGCGGGCAGCAGUCGCCGACUCCAGCAGACACAGAACCAAGUGGACGAGGUGGUGGACAUCAUGCGGGUCAACGUGGACAAGGUGCUGGAGCGGGACCAGAAGCUGUCGGAGCUGGACGACCGGGCGGACGCGCUGCAGGCGGGGGCCUCCCAGUUCGAGACGAGCGCGGCCAAGCUCAAGAGGAAGUACUGGUGGAAGAACUGCAAGAUGUGGGCCAUCGGGAUCGCCGUUCUGGUCAUCAUCAUCGUCAUCAUCGUGGUGUGGUCUGUCUCGUCCUGAGGAGCCCGGCCAUGCCCCAGCCUGCUCGCCCAGCGCCCGCCACCCGUUUUCUAAAACAGUUGCUUCAGUUCAUGUAAGGUUUCUAGGAAGUGCCUUGGUUGUCCGUCUGCCCGGACCAGACGUGUGGCCCCGGGGCCUGGCACAGCCGCGUGCCCCCCGGCCCGGGAUGUCUCCCUAGAGCCACACUCCGCCCCCGCCUCCCGCCUCACCUCGUGCCUCGGAACAACACGCCCAGCCCGCGCCCGCAGGGGUCACUCGGCCGCUGCGCCCCUCUGUAGCGGCUCCCGUGGACAGGGCUGCAGGGCCGCGGCUGUGACCAAAGUUUCUACUUUGCCAAAAAGUUUCACUCCCAGCCAAGGGCUAUUCAGCUGGUUCCUGACGGAGAAGUUCCAGAAUUCUGUAUUUGAUCAAAGGGCCUCCUGGUGCCUCCGGCCUCGGGGCGGGGUGGGGGUCUCCUGCCUCGGGCGCCAUCCCCGCCCUCUCUCCUGACCAGCUCGUGCCUCACCCGGUGUCUGCACCCAGGGGCCGGCCGGCGGCUCCUUUGUCCAGGUGUGUCCGACACGUCCUUGGCCAGGCGACUGCCCGCAGCACAGGGCUGCCAGGGGCCAUCCCUGCCCGUCCCCCCGUCCACCCUCGGUGCCUUCAGGGUCAGCGCGUGGGGCCCGCCGCCUGCCUCCGCCCGCCAGUACCUCCCGUGUCUGUGCCUUUCGCUGGGGACUCGCCCCUCCGGGAACCGAAUAAAGUGUUUACUGAA